CCCACUUCCCAGCUCUCUACAAAUUCCAAAGCAUUCUUCUUGCAGGAAAUUAGCAGAAGCAGAUACAGAAAUCCAUGGCAGCAGCGACAGCAGACGCGGAGAUGAGCGGGAAGCUGGAGGCGGAGGUAGAGCUGCAUUGCUCGCCGGAGAAGAUUUACGAGGUGUUCAGAAAGUCAGGCCACGAGCUCCCAGGCCACGCCCCGACUCACGUUCAGGGCGUGCAGGUCCACGAGGGCGAAUGGGACGCUCAUGGCACCGUCAAAUUCUGGAUCUACACUUGCGAGGGGAAGAUGGAGGUGUUCAAGGAGAGAGUGGAGUACGACGAUGCCAACAGAAUUAUGAAGCUGAAUGGGCUGGAGGGGGAUGUGAUGAAGCUCUACAAAGUGUACACCUCAAUCUAUGAAUUCGUGGCCGGCGGCGGCGGCAAUGACGGGGUGGCGAAACUGUCGAUCGAGUACGAGAAGCGGGACCCGAGCGUGCCGGCUCCUACCAAGUACCUGAACCUCGUCAGCCUCUUCGUCGAGGAGGCUGACGCAAGCCUCGUCAAAGCCGAGGGCAAGCUGGAGGUGUUCAAGGAGAGGGUGGAGCACGACGACGCGAAGAAAAUUGUGAAGCUGAAUGGGCUGGAAGGGGACGUGAUGAAGCUCUACAAAGUCUAUAACAUAAUCUACGAGUGCGUGGCCGGCAGCAAUGGCGACGGGAAGAAGCAGGGGACGGCGAAGCUGACGAUUGAGUAUGAGAAAAGAGAGCCGAGUGUGCCGCCUCCGACCAAGUACAUGAACCUCAUCACCCUCCUCGUCAAGGAGGCGGAUGCUAACCUUGCUAAAACCGCUUGAUUGAUCGAUGGAUCCUUCGAUCGUCGUCGAUUUCGUCGCGGUUUAAUAACUGCCGCGUCAAGUUCUGUGUAUCCAGUGUGUGUUUGCUGAUCAUCCAUGUUGCAGAAGUAUGUGCAGACAGUCGAUCAAGAGUGUGCUUGUUUGUAUGGUUGUUGGAUGUAGGGUGUGUUUAGCCUAAAUAAAAAGGAUUGUGAAAAAUGUAGUUAAAAUCGCUCUUUAAAAGCUUAUACUUUUACGCUUUAAGGUCAUGCAAACGCUUUUAAGUUUUCAUGUAAACAC